AGCAGUAAACCAUCAGAGCCUCAUCAUGAAGGUCCAUCACACUCUGAUCUGCUUCUUCUUCCUCUCACUGCUGGAUGGAAACGAUGAUCAGAGAAAGAAACACUUCUAUAAAGAAGCUGGAAGCUCGCUCACAGUCGGAUGUUCCUUUAAAUACUCUGGAGGAAUAAAGAUGUUCUGUAGGGGAGAAUGUGGAGGAAACAAGAUCCUUGUUGACACCUAUUAUGACAGAGCUCAGAGCGGCAGAUACAGGAUUAGAUAUGUUUCAGACGUUCUGUAUGUGAGCAUCACACAGCUGAGCAGCUCUGACUCAGGACAGUACAGAUGUUAUCAGGAUGGAACUUACAGCUGGUCAUUCACGAGUUCAUUCAGAGACUUUGAGAUCACUGUCACAGAUGCAGCCACAACUACAACUACAGCACAGAGUUUCAGCUCCAGCUCAGGAAGCUCCACACCUUCAUUCACUUUGACUGGAGCCACUGAGGAAUCUGAAAGAGCAGCAUCUACAGAUGUGCUGCUGUAUGUGGGUCUGAUUCUGGCUGCCUCCAUCAUCCUGUUAUCAGUGGCUCUGCUGAUAUUCUGCAAGAAAAGAUCUUCUAAAGCAAACGACGGUCCUGUGGAAACAGCGCAUGCUGCUGUCACAGAGGAGGAGGCCGACUCGAGCAAACUCACCUACUCUGAGGUCAGGUUUUUCAAGACGAGCGUCGGCUCUCCCGACAGCGCCUCCCGCAGUAACACCAAUGAAGUCAUCUACUCUGCUCCUCGGGCCCGUGUGAGCUCCGACUCCACAGAUGAUCCGCUGUACUCCACUGUAGCUUAGCUUCAAUGCUGCUGCUGCCACAGUUCUCUGUAAAGGGACCAAAGGAAGCUGCAUUAACCUCGGGCACAGGUACAGUCACUGAUCCCUGCAGAGAUCCUGCAGCAUUAAAGUACAUGGACUCGUUCUUAUACAGCACGUUUCUACUCGAGCACUCAAAGCGCUUCUUGCAUUCACACGAGCCUCUUUGAUACAGCUAAGUGCUUUCUGUAAUGGAGAAUACCUCAAUGAACUUUCACUCAGCACAUGCAGAAUCAUUGUUCACCUGUACAGGUUAACCAAACGUGUGUGUUUGAGUACAUGUGUGUGACCCAGUUGUCCUGUUAUAAGACCUGUUUUUCUGUAGAGUUUAGUGUCAGACUUCUGCUGCUGAUCAGCAGGAAGAACUCUGUCCCUGA